AUGGAAGAAUGGAGCUAUGAGAUCUGCGAUUGUGCUAAAAACCCAUUCAUGUUUGUUUGGUCUCUUUGCAUCCCAUGUGGACUCCACUGCAUGCAAACUUGUAAUGCAAAGCAUGCAGAUCCUUUAAAUAAACACUCAGCUUUACGAGCCUACUUAUGCGUUUUAUUCUUUGGAUGUGUAGGAGCAUCAAUUAACCGCAACCUACUUAGAAAAUCAUUGAAUAUAAAAGGCAAUCUCUUUCAUGACUUCGCACAUUUGAUCAUUCCUUGUUGUGCUGUGACGCAAGAAUGGAUGCAGGUCAUGAAAGUAAAGAAGGGAAGCGGAGAGCUUUUAAUUACUCAACUUAAAGUUAUUUAA